CGUGACGUUAGCAGGUGAGCCUGCCGGACAGGUAACUGCGCGAGCUCCGGCUCAGCGAUUUGGGUUGUUUAUACAGGAAAUCUUAAUUUCUAUAAGAUUUUCUGUGUUUUGGAUUUUGGAUUGUGUAGCUGGGUUGUUUAGCAGCUGAUCUCCAGCUCCUGAUCCAGGAUGAAGUCUGAUGGUGAAUCAGCAAACAGGCCGGAUAACACGGCCUUCACCCAGCAGCGUCUCCCUGCGUGGCAGCCCAUGCUCUCUGCUGGGAUCGUCAUCCCGCUCUUCACUCUCAUCGGCCUGGCUUUUAUCGGCAUCGGAGCCGCACUCUACAUCACCUCACAGAACAUCAAAGUGCUGGAGUUGGAUUAUACCGGCACUGAAAUGAACUCUUCCUGCUUUUCGUGCUCCAGUGUGAAACCCGACUGUGUCUGUGAGCUGACCUUCUCCUUCUCUCAGCUGUUUGAGGGUCCGGUCUUCUUUUAUUACGGCUUAUCCAAUUACUACCAGAACUACAGACAGUACGGAGUCUCCAAAGACGCGAACCAGCUGUCUGGAGACACCACAUACUUCUUGAGUCCACAGGACACCUGUUCUCCCUAUCAGUAUGAUUCCAGCGGCAAGCCCAUCGUCCCCUGUGGAUCCAUAGCAAACAGCAAGUUCAACGACACGUUUAAGCUGUACCUGAUGGUGAACGGAGUGAAGACGCUGGUGCCGUUUGAUGGGAAAGGAAUCGCUUGGUGGACGGAUUACAACGUCAAAUACAGAAACCCUGCUACGGUCAACGGCUCCCUCGCCAAGGCCUUCGACGGGACGGUGAAGCCACCCAACUGGCCGAAGCCGGCCUACGAGCUAGACCCGUCAGAUGCAGCCAACAACGGUUUUGUGAACCAGGACUUCCUGGUGUGGAUGAGGCGUGCGGCACUGCCCAACUUCAGGAAACUGUACGGCAGAAUCACGGGUGGGGAUUACAGCCAGGGGCUCCCAGCUGGAAACUACACCCUGCAGAUCAACUACAAUUACCCUGUGGUGAAUUUCAAGGGCACUAAGAAGGUGAUCUUCAGCAAUGUCUCCUGGAUGGGCGGCAAGAAUGAGUUCCUGGGACUCGCUUACCUGGUGAUUGGCUGUCUCUGUGUCGUCAUGGCGAUUGUCAUGCUCAUCGUUUAUGCAAAGUACAAGUUUUCAGAUGAUGAUGACAUGCAGUGAUGAUGAUGAUGAUGAUGAUGAUGAUGAUGAUGAUCAGGGUCAUCGAGGGAAUCUUCUUCUGCGGAAACUACAAAGAGAUCAGGUUUAUUUAUACAGGUGUUUUUUUAAAGUCUAAAAACUCCAGGUUUAUGCAUCCUUACUGCUGUUUUUUAUUUAUUGUGUUACACAACAGAUCAAAAGAAAUGGUCCAGAUUUUAUUAGAAUAAACUGUUACUUAAAAAAAAAUCUUUAUAGCUACAAUUUCAGCAAUUUGAAUUUUGGAAAAAAAAAAAAUUAUAAAAAAAAAAUUAAUACAGAAAUAUUAUUAUACUAUAUUAAUGGCAAUUUUACACCUUAAAGUCCGUACCAAGAUUGAGGCAUUUAUGUUGUUAGUUCAGUGAGCUGCCUUUCAGGUGUUGGGCUGAAUUCUGCCUUCCUGUCUGAAUCCAACUUCCUUCAAGUGCAUGUGUGUCCCAUAGCAAAAUGAGUGGAACAGAUUCCCCUCAGUUUGCUUUUAUUUCUGUUUAGAAAUAAGAUUAAUCAACAGUUACAGUAGAUACAGGAUUAACCAACGUAAUCUGUUGUACACGUACUGCUGCAUGACGCAUUAUACGACUGGGAAAGUCGAAUUUCAGCACAGCACUGGUAAAAACUGAAAAGUUCUGAAUCAUCCAAAAAAAUGUGCUUUCACACUACAAAAAAAAAACAGAUCAUGGUCUUUUAUUUUGAAGGGCCAAUACAUCUUAACUUUUCCCUUAAAUUUCCAUUCAUACCAUUUGUAUCCUCAUUAAUAUCUCAGGCUUUAUCUGUUACUAUUAGAUGUAAAUGAGCUCUUUUCAGAUCAUAAUUAAAUUAAAUAAAUAAAAAACAGCCCUGGCAGCUUUAGUGGGCGGGGCUAAACUGCUGUAGACUGAAGGGGCGAAUAUAUGCAUUAGUCUUUACGACGUCACAAAAACACUGAAUUGUGAACAGUUUGGUUUCAGUGUAUUGACUCAAACAGUACUGAACAGUACUUUGUGUUUACAUUCUAUUUUAAAAAGUGAGGAAAAUAAUCAUACGGGCUCUUUAAAUUUUUUUUCUGGUUUGUUUUCACAUACCGUGUUGUACAUGAGCUUAUAACCUCUUGGGUCACAUGUCAUGUUUAUUUAUUCUCAGAUGUGUACAACAACAUUUAUAUAUGAAUAUUAAUCUUUAUUUGCUGAUUUUAUUGUUUAUCUGAGUUUUCUUGACCUGAGCCUGAACUUAUUGACUUGCUGAGAAACUUACUAAUAACAUCCAUUUUACUCAGAGCUAUGUGAGAAUUUGUUACUGUAUUAUUUAUAAAGCCAACAUAUAAAGAAGCAUUCUCAGCUUUAAACUUUAAUUUUCAGUUUAUGAUGGAUUAAUAUUAUUAAACUUAUUAGUUAUGAUCAGUCAGCUUGAUGCUAACACAAUAAAUUGCUUGUAAAUUCAGAGGCACGACAGAUCUCUUUCUGAGGGUGUUUUUACACCAGUACUAUUUUGUCCAGUUAAAAUGGACUGGUUUGUUUGGUGUGGUUUGUUUUGGCAGGUGUGAAAACAGUAAUUGCACUGGUCACGUGACGUCGCGUUCAGUAGCUCCUCCAUUUUCACUCGCUGUUGUGUUAACGUGGAUCUCCGUGGAAACCCAUGCCCAAAGUGUGAUUACGGUUCGCAGCAGUGGACAAAUAGCUAUUUUAUUAAACUCAGAAAUGUGGAUCUGGACAGGAUUAAAAUUACUGGAGGACCACAGAGAUCAGCGAAAAACAGUAGGUAAUUUAGCCUGUAAUUUUCUCAGAGGACCUUUGAGAAAAACACACACAAUCGUUCCGGACGUGAUUAAAAUCACAGAGUACCCCCCCCCCCCCCAUAAAAGAGAAAAUUACUCCAGGACCCCCUAGUCUGACUAAAGAAAAUUAAUUACAAUAGGAGUGUGUGUCAGGGUGUGUGUCCAUGCACCUAAAAAAAAGAAAAAAAAGAUCAUAUUAUAAAUGUUACAGUAAUAUUAAAGGAGCAGUUUGGUGGUUUAAAAUAUAUAUAUAUAUAUAUAUAUAUAUAUAUAUAUAUAUAUAUAUAUAUAUAUAUAUAUAUAUGUAUAUAUAUAAAUAUUCUGUACUUUUAUAGUUUACAAUAGGAGAUUCUAGGCUAAAAUUGCUAACAAUCAGAUUUGGACUCCAAAUUUACCAAAAUGUCUCUGUAGAUGGGCUCAAGAUUGAUCAAUUAUGCAACUUCUAUUAUUAUUUUCUUUAAAUAAUUGAACAAUUUUUUUUUUUUUUUUGGUUUAGUUCUUUUCAGUGUGUUUUCUCAGUCUGCUGUAACUCAGUGUUUGUGUUACGGGGGGUAUAAAGGGUAAAAGACCCUUCAGGGAGCGUCUGCAGGUGCACUUUAUUCACUGUUCUCUCAGGGGGAAUCUGAUUUUUGUAAAAAUAUAAAUUGGUGUAUAUUUUGAUAUUUAAAGUUCUGUACUGUUUGAAACAGGUUCUCAGUCUUCUCUGUGUUUCUGAAUCUGUGAAUCUGAUCUGAGUUUGUUCUGCUGUGCUGUUGUGAGGAGGAUCCUCCUCUCUGGUGGGGGAUUACUUGUUAUAAAUACAGGUCCUGUUACUGUCCUAAUGAGUGCAAUGUGUUAUCAAUACUUAUACAUCAACAGCUUACAUACAUAAAGUGUUGAUGCUGAAUUUGAGUGAUUUAAUAUGUUUUAAAAUAAAGAAUAUUCUACAAUUCUA